AUGUGGAACAUUCUUUGCAUUGCUAUUUUGGUGGUUCUUUGUUCUGCUGGUUACUUUUAUUUUAAUAUGAACAAUACUCAACAGUAUAAUGACUUGGACAUUUAUGUUCCCAUAGAAUACAUUCUUUUCUGUAUAUCGGAACAAUACCAGAUCGCCAACACCUCCUUAUUGGAACCUCUCAUCCGAAAAAACUUCAAUAAGGAUAAUAUUAAGACACUAUUGAAUAUGCUCACCAAACAUAACAAAAUAGAUGUCGUAAAUAACUUGGUGAACACCUUUAGAAUAAGAGCUGAUAUUGCCGAGAAUAUUGUUGACUUUAUUGGCCAUCAAGCGAAGCAAGCAUUUCCAUUUUCAAAAGAGAGAAUGGACGAGUUUCUAUGGAGAAAAGCCAAAAUACGAGAUGCACUAUCAAGUAUUGAAGAUAUUACAACUGAUCACGAGCAUGUUAACAAUAGUGACACGUUUAUUUACAAAGUUAAUGAUGGAAAUUGGUACAUUUUCAAUAAUCUUUCAAAAUUUAAGAAAGCAAUUCAUCAUAUACCUUUAGUAUUGGGAUCUGCCCAGAGAUGUAGAAUGUCUUUUGAAGUUAAGGGUCAGCCUAGAACAGGAAAAACACUUUGUUCGAAAUAUGUGCUUCCCUAUUUUUGUGCCACUUCAAUUAAUCGAAAGAGGGAACAAGAAGGCCUUACAAAACUGUCAAGAGCUCCUGUUUUCUAUUUAAUGAUGGUAAAGAAUGGAAAUCCAAUCAGGGAUUUGUAUCACGAACUGAAGAAACAUUUAAGUGAAAUAAUUAACUACCAUCCAGAACAUGAAUUUAAAGAAAAUGGUGAGCUUAUUCUGGAAGUACGAACGUAUAUUCACAGAUUUUUCGAUGUGUAUUCUGACUCUCAUAUGUUUAUUGUUCUAGAUGAGAUUCAAUUAAUUGAUUCAAAAUAUUUGGACUCUCUGAGAACAAUUAUCAAGUCAAGAGACUUUCUCAAGUGUACAUUCAUUCUAACAGGCUCUACCCAGUCAAUGUUCAACUUGACAAUGGAAAAGACAUGUAGAAAUGGAUUGAGUUUCUUUGACAAUACAAUUGUUUAUGAUAUUCCCUUUUCCAAUUCACCAAAACGUGUUGAAGAAUCUCUUAAAACAUUGUUUCAUAAGGGUGCUUUGAAUAGAAGUUCUAUAACAGCAGAAGAAACCCUUAUGAUACAAUCACAUUGCACAGAUCUAAACGUUGCGUAUGUAAGCCAGAUACUGAAAUAUGAGCACGAUUUAAAACUUUCUUUCACUAAAUCUUUGAAUAAGUUAGUAGAAGAAAUAUUGAAAAUAUACGACCGAGAUGUUGUAAUUGAUUCAGCCACAGUCUUAGCUAUACUAAAUGGUGAUCUUGAAUCUUUGGAAGAUACAUGCUUUGUUACUAAAGUUAAAGGACAAUUACUUUUAACAGACAAGCUUUUCACCAUAUUUCUUAACAACAAUUUUAUGGUUGAGAAUCAAGGAAAAGCAGUUAUUAAGAAAUGCUUCUGA